CUCGUGUCAUGUGACGUCCUUGCGCAUGCGCGCGGUUUGACGUAAAACGGUCAGGGAAGGCGGACAAGUACGUUCAAUGUUUUAGGCGGUUUUGUAGUGAUAGAGUAUUGUAUAAAUUGUCUUUCCGAUAUAAUAUAUUACCUUAAUGGUCAAGAAUGAUUCUUUUGGUUGCAGCAGUGAAAAAAACAGUAGUCGGCUACGUAGCCAUUUAGCAAACACGAAUGGAAUGAUUACUUUUAUAUUAACUAGCUAGGAAGUUGUCUGCGUUUGCAUAUUAUUUUACCACGUUUUAAAUGCUACCAGCGCGAUGCCUACUGUUCCUCAGAACAAUUUAAAAGAACAGCUCGAGCGGCACAGCAGUGUAGCCGUACGAAUCAAGUCUCUGGCCAAAUCAAAGACUGGAUCUUUUUGCUUUAAAAAGAAGUCUAAAUCAGGCAGUGUCAAAGCUGAAGUUCCUCUAAAGGCCAAGUCCGAGACCUUCAACCCAGUUGCCAACCUGUUUGCAGUAAGCAAACCUAGUUAUAUUGAGCCUUUCAUCAGCAGAUUGAAUAAACCACAAAAGAACCAACUUGCAGGCAACAGUGGCAUCACAGCCAUAGGUGUAGGUGAGGAUUACAUCUUGUCUGCUAUUCCAAUGGAUGACUGGGACCACUCUGAUGAUUUUAAAACUGCAGUCAAUGGAGAAGGAGCAGGACCAGAUCGGUCAAUUAAAGAAAUUCUUGCCGUUGAUGAGGAUGUCCCCCAGUUAAAACCUCAUCAAUACAAAACACAGAAUUUCAAUCAAACACAAGUCAGUGCUAAUUGACUGUGAAGAAAAAAGCACUACCAUUAAGCCUUCCGAAGAAAUUAAGGGGAAUUUCAGCUGUUCAACAGGCCGUUGUCUCUCUCUAUUCAUUGAUUAUGAUUUAUUUGUAUCUUUAUCACUUUGAGGAAUAAAAGGUCAGAAUUUUUAUAAACUGAGGAAACUGCAGGUUUCUUCUCCAGUUUUUAAUGUAAUGAAAUUUGCUUAUAGAAAUUUGCUCCUUUUGGGAAGGAUCAGAAUUUUGGUUGAUGCACAGCAGUUAGGGCUGUGAAUCUCUAGGUAGACAAUGACUUGAUUCAAAUUCGAUUCAUAUGUUUUUGAUUUGAUUUAAGAGAAUUCAGUUCAAACUGAUUCACAACGAAAUUAGAUUUGAUGUAAGGAUUCUGUAUAUUAUAAGCAUCUGCAUCUAAGCAAUUAAAUUCAAAUUUUGGGAAAUUUAUGAUCUUUCAGCAACUUGAUCCAGAACUUUAGGGCUUUACCUGCCUUAAUGCAUUUUAAACACUGGGCUGCUGAAUUUGCUGUUUUAAAACAUUUGUAUCACUUUAUAAUGAUCUACCAAUCCCUCUCAAAAACCUCCAAAUAUCUAAACAUUUUGGAAUAUAUUUUUCAAGGUAUGAAUGUUUGGCACACAAUUCUAAUCUUUCAGCAAAUCACUUAGAAAAUUAUCCAUGCUCUAUUGUAGUAGAUUUUAAAUCUGCUGUUAGGAUAUUAUGGUAGGAACUGUCAUUUAAGUGUUCCAGUAUGUCACAAAGGGCCUUCCUAAUUGGUCUUAAAGGAGCCAUGUUUACAUCUGACAUUUUAUCUUGGUAAAUAUACAAUAUGAAUGGGGUAGUAGCAGAUUUAUUAACAAUACAAAUUUGUGUGAACACCAUUUAUUCUAAUUAUUAAAACUACUGUACUAACAGAGUGUAUUAUCUUAGUAUCUUGCAGGAAAAUGACAGAUGACCAAGGACCUUUGAAAGGGUUUGAUGAUGAUCUUUUUGGUGUUAUGGAAUCUAUUUGUUGUAUGGUGGACACUAUCCCUGAAAAUGAGCUUAUGUCCCUGACCUAUGGCACAGAAUUGCUUUUACUGAGAGCUCACAGGAAAAGGAUUGUUGCUGAUGCUGCAUUGUUGUGGCAAACAGACAGAGGAUCCAACGCUCACCCCAGGUCGCUUCACAAAAGAAGCUCUGCUGUCACAAGCAAAUGCGACUGUUCAUCUACACAUUUUCAGCUCAGUAAAUCCAAUGCUUCUGUAAUGUUCCUGGAUUCCAACAGGAGUACCUAUAAAGAUUCAGACUGCAUUAAAAAUGAUGAUGAUCAAGGGGACAACUGCAGCCAGAAUCCUUCCCUUUUUCAGGCUGUGAAUGAACAUGAUGAAAUGCUAUCAGGCCAGAACAGUGGUAAUGGAAACAGUCAGUCAGGAGAAUGUUCCUUGAGUGUGUCCUUCAGUCACUCAGGUCAGUCUGUGAAACAAGGGAAAACGGUACAUUUUAUCUCUCCGCCAAAUACAGUUAAAGUGGAUAAUGUGGACAGCAAUGUGUUACUUUGUGGGACUGUUUUACAAAAGUGCAAAGCAUCUAAUGAUGUGAUUGACCUCUGCAUUGGUGACUUUGACAUUGACGACUUCAGUGACAAUGAUAUCCAGGAUUAUUGUAAGGAACCCGCAGCUUUAUCUGUGUCAGGGAGUUCCAGUGUACUACCACAGGUUUGGGAAGGAGGGCUCUCAAACUCUUGUGAUACAAAAAGUGUUGUCACCUCAACUGCUGUAGUGAAGCUUAUUAAACCAUGGUUACCUGAGAUUACAUCCAGAAAUCCAGCACAUGAUCGCUUCUGUGGCUUCAACUUUCCACACUCUCCAGAGAUGAUGAAGAUUUUCCACAAAAAGUUUGGUCUUCAUCAGUUCAGAUUUAAUCAGCUAGAAGCCAUCAAUGCUACGCUGCUCGGAGAGGACACAUUUGUGCUAAUGCCUACAGGAGGGGGUAAAAGCCUUUGCUAUCAGCUGCCUGCCUGUGUUUCUACUGGAGUGACUGUCGUGAUAUCUCCACUUCGUUCACUUAUUGUGGAUCAGAUCCAGAAGCUUACAACUUUGGAUGUCCCCGCAACUAGCCUAUCUGGGGGAAAAAGUGACUAUGAGGCAGGACAAAUCUACAUGCAGCUUUCCAAGAGUGAUCCAGUCAUCAAACUGCUUUAUGCUACUCCUGAAAAGGUCUGUGCAAGUGGGAGGAUGAUCAGUGCACUGAAGAAUCUGUAUGAGCGAGGUCUGCUUGCCCGUUUUGUCAUCGAUGAGGCACACUGUGUCAGCCAGUGGGGACAUGAUUUCAGGCCAGACUAUAAGCGAAUGCAUGAACUGCGCCGGAAGUUUCCCAAAGUUCCUAUCAUGGCACUGACGGCCACAGCCACACCUAGGGUCCAGAAGGACAUCCUUAACCAGUUGGCCAUGACUCAACCACAAGUAUUCUCAAUGAGCUUCAAUAGACACAAUCUCAAAUAUUCUAUAUUACCUAAAAACCCCAAGAAAAUUGCAGAGGACUGUAUUCACUGGAUCAAGAAAUAUUAUCCAUAUGACUCCGGAAUUGUAUAUUGCCUGUCACGAAAUGACUGUGACAGCAUGUCUAAUAGUCUUCAGGGGGCAGGCAUUGCAGCACUAGCAUAUCACGCUGGAAUAAAUGACAGUGACCGAGAAUAUGUCCAAAACAAAUGGAUUAACCAGGAUGGUUGUCAGGUCAUAUGUGCCACUAUUGCAUUUGGCAUGGGCAUUGACAAGCCUGAUGUGCGUUAUGUGAUCCAUGCCAGCCUACCCAAGUCAGUGGAGGGCUACUAUCAAGAAUCAGGCAGAGCUGGCCGGGAUGGAGACAUCUCCCACUGCAUUCUCUUCUAUUCUUACACAGAUGUGAUUCGCAUUAAAAGACUAAUAGCCAUGGACAAAGAAGGCAACCACCAAUCCAAAGCCAUUCACAUAAACAACCUGCACAGCAUGGUACAUUUCUGUGAAAAUGUGACCGAGUGUAGGAGGAUUCAGCUACUGGCAUACUUUGGAGAGCACAAAUUUAAUAAAGAUUUUUGCAAGGAGCAUCCAGAGGUCAUCUGUGACAACUGUGCCCGACCACACCAAUACAAGGAAAGAACUGUUACUGAGGAUGUAAAGAAGAUUGUGCGGUUUAUACAGGAAAACUGUGAAAAGGUUGUUGGCAAAUCUUUCCAGCAAAACAGACUCACACUAAAUAUGCUCAUUGACAUUUAUUUGGGCUCGAAAAGUGCCAGAAUCAAGUCAGGCAUAUAUGGGAUCGGAGCAGCAUGCUCCAAACACAAUGCAGAAAGGCUUUUUAGGAAACUAGUGCUGGACCACAUUCUAAAGGAGGACCUAUACAUUACUAACAAUGGACAAGCUGUUGCCUACAUUUCAGCUGGCCUUAAAGCCACAGACAUCCUCAGUGGCAUCUUGCAGGUCACUUUCCAUGAGACCGAGAGUGCCUCUAGCAUCAGAAAGCACAAGGACACUAUGAUUAAAAGUGUUUCUAAGAGGGAGGAAAUCGUGAAAAACUGCCUGGAAGAGCUUAAUGAGCUGUGCAAAAAGCUUGGCAAAGUGUUUGGGCUUCAUUAUUACAACAUAUUUUCCACAGUCACUUUGAAAAAGAUUGCUGAAACUCUGUCUGCUGACCCUGAAGUGCUACUGCAGAUUGAUGGCGUGACUGAAGACAAACUAGAGAAGUAUGGUGCUGAGCUUAUUGAGCUACUGCAGAAAUACUCAAAAUGGAAGCUCUCAGUUGAGGAGCAGACUAAGGGUUCUCAAUCUAUUGAUGGUGAAGAUGGCAACUUGUCUGUCUACAUUAGAAGCAGCAAAAGUCAUGGGGGAAAGAGAAAAAAAACAACCUCAUCAAAGAACCCCAAAAGGCGCAGGGGAUACAACAAACAGAACUCCACAACAUGUGGAAACUGGUCUUCAUCUAUUCAAGAAAAACACACAGGAGGUGACCAGGUCUCUAAGCAUGUUCCUUCAGCUCCAGCAAGGAAGAAACCAGGCUUCAUGGCACUGCCCAUCCCAAAGAGUGCUGAGCUGCCAUACCAUAAUUCUGCCUUCUCUUAAUGCUUGAAGAUGGCUGAGUCUUCAAGCACUGCAUUUUCGAAUUCUUUCUGUUUAGUUUGUGUUGAACUGUAUAGUUCAUUUAUAUUUUUUUAUACUUGUAUAUUAUAUGUUUAGAAUGAAAGUAAUUUAAAAUCUUCAGAUACAAAUGUUCUAGCUAAUCUAGUAAUAGCUUUAAUUUCAAAUCUUUUUUGCAAUUUCUGUCAUUUUAGGCAAAAUACACUUCAAAAUAUAUUUCAGACUUUGAGUGGAGUGAGUAAUCCUCCAACUAAAAUGGUUUUGAUGGGGAUUAUUUAGAUUGGGGAAAAUAAUAACAUUGUGUUUGUUUGGGGGGGAUUCAAUGUGAUUUGCAAAAAAAAAUACAAAUAAAUCAAAAAACCUAAAAAUUAAUUUUGCGUACACCCUUGCCCCAUAGUAUACACAAGAAAAAUUCAUUUGAGUGCAGCUAGACUAAUGCCUUCCUUACUAGCCUAGGCAUUAUUGUGGUUAAGCCAUACUGUUUCUAUUUUUAGAAUUUUAAAUAAAAAUGUAUUUUAUAAUUACUAUGUA